AUGACUCUGCCAGUCGUCCACCGCCGAAGCUGCCACUCCCAAGCAGCCACCAUUUCUCCCCCGAACCGGUCACCGCGGCCUCCACGGAGCCAUGAUGGCGGCGUAGGAACGAGCCACCGCUUCUGGCUCGCCGACCUCAAGGCCAACGAGGCCGCUCUCGCUCUCGAGCCCCUCCGCGCCGGCGCCUCCUACUCGCCCUCCCCCUCGAGCACCUCGUCGGCCGACCCCCCACAAGUCCGCGUCGCGAGCCCCAGCGCCGACCUGCACUACCGCGCCGCCGAGCUCGCCAGCAUCACCGAGCGCUUUCGCGAGCCAGCCGCCGUGCCCAGCGCCGCGCGCCGCAGCCCGACGCCCGCCGAUCUCGUCGCCAUGUCGCGCCUGUCGAGGGACAUUGUAAAUAGCCUGGCUGAGGUCGCGAGGCAUCACCGUCGGCAGGAGGGGCGGGGGUCGACCAUCACGGCGCCGUCGAGGAGUGACCUCGAGAAGCUGGGCGGCUUGAGCGGCUUUCGAAAGAGAAAGGCGAACUCCGCCUUGUGCCAAGAGUGCGGCACCGCCGUCUCGCCGCAGUGGAGGCGUGGCCCGGACGGCGCGGACACGCUCUGCAACGUUUGCGGGCUGCUGUACGCGAGGCGGAUGAGGCGGCAGAAGCUCGCUUGGCAACGUGGGCCUUCGCCAGAUCUUGUGCGUUGA